AUGGGAGGUCUUACUGAUGACGAGCUGCUAGAGAAAGAUCUGUUUGGCAUUCUUGGCGUCGACAGAAAAGCUACAGAUGAUGAGAUCACAAAAGCGUACAGAAAGAAAGCCCGGAGAAUUCACCCAGACCGGAAUAAUUCUCCGACCGCUCAUGAAGACUUCGCGCUUCUAAAUGCCGCCAAAGAUGCCCUUUUACAUUCCAUGUUCCGUCUGCGCUACGAAAUGCAUCUCGCCUCCAAGGAAAACCCUCAGGAAUGCGGUUCUCAAUAA